AUGAAGCAUGAAAGUUAAACCUACAAUUAAAUUAUUUAAUAUAACAAGAGUGAAUUUUUGCUGAUCAAUAAUCAAACUAUCUUAAAAUAUGAUUGUAUUUUUGAUGCAUAAUAUAACUUUGGGCCAUAUAAUUCAUGUGUUGCCUCGACAUCAUAAGAUGAAAUGAUUUAUGCUUUAUGUCAAGUUAAUUCGAACUAUUAAAUAAUCAGUAUCAAUUUCUCAAAUCCCACAUAUAACAAUAAUUUAUAUCCAAAUCUAAUUGUGAGUUUACCAAAUUAAAGUUUUAGAGAAAAUGCUUGGUUAAGAAUAUAAAAUAAUCAGCUUUAUAUUUGGAACGAUGAGAACCAUAAUAAUGGAGUUCAUAUGUAUUUUAUUAACUAAAGACAAGAAUAGCAGGGUUAAUUUAUAUGCAUAAGUGCUUCAUUUGGAUUCUAGACACACCAAAUUUAGAUGGGUAAUAGCUUCAUAAUAAAUUAUAUGUAUUUUAAACCAAUUCAUAAAGAUUAACUAUAUUACAAAUUUGCUAAGAUAGAUAAUCAGUCAAUAUUUACACAUAGGGAUGAAAACUCUAUCCUUUUAGAAAGCAUUACCCAUCAAUAUUUUUCAUUUGACACAAUACCUAUGAUUUUUAGAAAAAAUAAAGAAAUUAUUUUAAUGAUUUCAAAUUCUAACUUUAAUUUAAUCGUACAUUCCUUUGGUAAUUAACUGAAAAAUCCAAUUAAACACAUAUGA